AUGGAAUCAAGUACAUAUGGGGAAAACGAUGUGUUGCAAGAUAAUACUUCGGUAUUAGAGGAAAAAGAAAAGGCAGCUAAAUCAUGCUGUGCUAAGGGGAACAAUCUCCCAUGUGUUCUAUAUACAUUUCUUGCUUCUAUGGCAUUGACGGCUGCUCUUUUGAAUACUUGCUUCUUAGCGUCUCUUAUAGAAAAGAACACAGAUGUGGAUAAGCCAGUCUGUUUGGUAGGACUGGAUGAAAAAGGGCUAGAAGAAGAAGAAGAACGGAAAAGGCACACUUGGAAUAAUUGGAUGAUAACAUUGGAGGAGGAUUUCAAUGAAUUCUAUUUUUUGUUGGAUAAGGACAAAAAGGAAUGGCUUCUCAACAUAGAAGGGGAAUGGGAACAAAUUAUACAAGAAAUGGAAAAUAAAUGGACGACUGAUGAAAAAAGCUUAGACAGCAGCGGUUAUGUAUCUGAUAUUCUGGAAGAAUCAUCAACAUGGAAUAAUUCCCAGUGGGAGGAUUGGAUUAGAACAAAAGGGAGUCAACUUAUGGAAAUUGAAUGGGAAGGUUGGGUUAAUGAAAAAGAUUCCUUGCUUAAUGAGAUGAUUGUGAAAAAAUGGAUUGAGUGGAAGAAUUCAAAAAUAAUGUCAUGGGUUACGAGUAAAUGGAAAACUGAUGAAGACUGUUAUUGGGCGGAUUGGGAAAAAAACAAAUCAUACAAAUCGUUGAAUAUAACAGAGAGAGCGAAGUGGCUAAAAUGGAAAGAAAGAACCAGUAGAGAGUCUGCCGAGUGGACAAAUUGGAUUAACAUUAAAGAAUGUGUGUACAUACAUAACGAGUGGAAUAAAUGGACAGAUUGGAAAAAUAAUAAAAGAACGCACUUUAAAAUAUGGAAAGAUUUAUUUAUUGACAAGUGGGUUAAAGAAAAACAGUGGCUUGCUUGGACAUUAAAGCGUGACAAUCAAAUUAAUGAUACACCUUAA